AUGCGACCGGGCAAAAACAAAAAGCAAUACCAGCUGCAGGCUCUGGUUGACCUCCCAUACAAGGUCACAAACAAUUCAUGUCUCGCCUGCGAGCAGCGAGGAGACCGCACAGUUAAUCUGAGGCCUUUGUGCAGCACUCCCAAGGUCACAUACAAUGACCAGAACACCCUCACAAUGCGCAUUCUUAUCAUGGAAAUGGUGACAAAUCCAGGCCAUCCAUCCCUCCAAACAUUCGGGCCCUUCCCGAGGACUUUGUCCCCCCUGGAGCUCAAUUUUCAGCGAAUACGGGAUUCUGGGCCCGACCGUCCAGUAUGUAACGCGCUUUCCGAUCGCCUUGAAAUUCGAAUCGCACUCCAGAACAUGCCGAUCAAGAUCUCCCACCUCCAACAUGUUCGUGUUGGAACUUGGAUUUGA